AUGUAGACGUUAAUUUAUUGAUAACUGUCGAGCGCGAGCGCAGAUAGACGUCGUGAAAAAAAAGCUCAAAUUGUAACACCAGUGUUGAAGGAAAGAUGUCGGACGACCGCCAGCGUGAUCAAGAUGAAUUUCCUUCAGUAGCUGAUCCAGAAAAAUACAAUGCUUCUCAUCUCUAUGGAUUCGUUGAGCAGAAAACAGACACUGAUCUCCCAGAUUACUUUAAGCCCUGGACAGACCUAGCUCAUCAGACAGAGUCUCUUGUACAGGAUGGUACGCUCAGGAAUGAAGUACACAAGCUACUAUUACUUGAACACAGUAGGCUAAGUUCAGCUAGCGAGAUGAAGACGGCCCUUGUUUACCUGACCUGUAUCUCAUACGGCUAUGUAUGGUGUGAAGGAGAAGAUGGCAUUCCAGACGUUUUACCCUCGUGUCUUGCUAUACCCUAUGCUGCUAUAGCAGGGAAGCUUCAGGUUCUUCCUUCAAUUAGUCAGUAUAGCUUCAUCCUUCUUAACUGGAGACUCAAGAACCCCAAUGGAAAGGUGGAAUUAGACAACAUGGAAUCCAUUGUCACGUUACGUGGUGGAGCGGAUGAGUCUUGGUUCUAUUGUACAACUGUUCAAGUGGAGCUAGACUUCGCUCCAGCCCUUUCGAGUAUUAUUGAGGCUCAAAAGGCUGUUCUAGAUGGAUCCUCGCAGCGAUUGGUAAAGCAUCUGAAGACUAUAGAGGCCGCUCUCUAUAAGAUGAGAAAUAGCUUGAACAGAAUGUCUGAGGGUUGUCGACCAGACGUGUUCUUUAAUGUUUUCAGACCUUACAUAGCAGGUUGGGACUCACAGCCAUUUAAAAAGAAAAAUCUGAAUGGUCUGAUCUACGAGGGAGUCAGCAAACAGCCUUUCUGUUAUACUGGUCUCAGUGCUGCACAGAGUUCAACCUUACCAUGUCUUGAUGCUGCUUUUGGAGUAGUUCAUGAAGAAAAAGAAGAUCAGUCAAGACGAUUCUUCCAGGAGUACAUGCCGAAACCACACAGAGAGUUGAUCGACGCCAUCACAGCAGGACCAUCAAUCAAACAAUACAUACAUUCCUCUGGUUCGUCUGAAGCAGUUGAGGUGUUCAAUGAUUGUCUUCAAGCCAUGAAGUGUUUCAGGGACUCUCACCUCCAGGUGGUAACGAGAUUCAUUAUAAACAUGGCUCAUAAGAAGACUGACCCUGCAUCAUCAAGCGAGGGCGCAACAGGAACAGGUGGAACAGAUUUAAUGACCUUCCUGAAAGGUCUCCGGGAUUCAACCGUCAGGGCGAUGCUACGCACAACCGGGGGAGGAGGAGGGGAUGCGGAUGAGCAUCCUGUUUCCAAGUCAACCCUUCCAAGAUGGGUGAAAGGAGAUGGGAUGAGAGUCGUCCAGGUCACAUCCGUGUUUAUUGCUGCGGUAGCGGGGACCAUGUUGAUUAUGAAGAAGCUUUCCCGAUGAUGUUUGCUUCUCAUAUUUUUUUCACGCAGUGAAAUUGAAACAAAUGUGGGUCCCUCUUUCAAGUUUGUUCAAGAGUAGGUUGGCUGUAAUAAAGGUGAGUCCGCCUUAAAGCCAUAUCUCUUUAAGGUAAAAGAAAGAAGUUGCAGCAAAAAAAUUAUUUAAUGGGAAAGUCUUUUUAAUCAAGGUUUAUUUUCACCAUAUUAUCAUAGAUCUAAAUCUGGUACAUUAAUGUAACUGAUCUUAGUUUGUGAAAUCAUGAAAUCUUAGCUCAAAACCAAUAAUUCUUAUGAUCACUAACACAGAAAAUCCACAAGUCAGACAGUGUAUUAAUAUUGCUUGAAAAAAUACCUGACAUUUAUUUUGCUCAUUUUUCAGCAAUUACGCAUUUUCUUCCAAAACCAUUUGGCACAUAUUUUUUAUUCAUACAUACAUUACAAACACUUAGGUGGUAAUAUAAUUGGACUCUAUUUAAGCUCAUAUUGAUAUCGCUACCACCACUGGUAUUUAUCUUUAAGAUCAUGGAAAUCUUUUUAAUUUUGGCAAAACUCAACUAAGUCAUCAAUAAAACAUGUGCAGGUGACUCUUCCUAAUUUGGAUCUCUUGGUUCCAAAGAAAUCUGUAGGAAUUUAAAUAAAAUUGAUUUAAUUAAAUCCUAUUUUAUGUAGCCCUUUUGUAUGCAAGCCAUGGCCCCGUCUUACAAAGAAUUUCGGUUGAUCCAAUCAAUCACAACUAUGGAAAGUCAGCAACGUCAACAUCUAAAAUAUAUGUUUCUUCAAGAUAUUUUCUAGAUAUUGUGAUGUAUAUUUACACAUUCAGUGUUUUCUUGGCAAUUCAGACUGCUUCUCUUUGUUUACAAAGGACAUUGUGCAAAUUUCCUGUUGAAAAAAUUAUGACACUGAUGGAUUUCCCUAGAGUUACGAUUGAUUGGAUCAAUCUUUAUUCUUUGUAAGAGGGGGCCCAUUGAUCAGCAGUAAAUUUUGCAAUUAAUUGCAAGACUUCCGGGCCCCGUCUUUCAAAGAGUUAUUGUUGAUCCAAUCAAUCACAACUAUGGAAAGCCAGCAACAUCAAUAUCUAAAAUAUGCUUCUUUUAAAUAUUUUAUAGAUAUGAUGUAUAUUCACUGUUUUCUUGGCAAUUCACUUUGCUUCUCUUUGUUUACCAAGGACAUUGUGCAAAUUUCCUGUAGAAAAAAUAAUGACACUGAUGGAUUUCCAUAGAGUUACGAUUGAUUGGAUCAAUCAUAACUCUUUGUAAGACAGGGCCCAGUGAUCAGCAGUAAAUUUUGCAAUAAAUUGCAAGAGUUCUGAUUGAUUUUGGGACCUAAAAUUGACUUGCAAUCAAUCACAAGCUUCUAGCACCACCCCAUUAGAAUAAAUUUGCCUUAGAAGAUGUUUUUAACUUCAUGUUCUGAGUAUUAUGGGCUAUGUAACAAAGGUUUUGCGGUGAAUUGCAAACAUGAAAGAACCACUCUGAUCGGUUCCCGGUCAGUAUUUUAAACAGAGUGCGCAUGCAACGAUGAUUGUGAUUGGUCAUUUCAUUUAGUGAUUGAUUGCAAAAAGUCACAACACAAAAGUUAGUGAUUAAUCGUACAUUUGAUUUUCACGAUUGAUUGUACAUUGUAGUCAAUACAAUCAAUCGUAGAAUAAUGUUCUAUGAUCAUUGCUAAGCUUUGUGUUACGGGCCCCAGUCUGUGAUAAUGGUUCGAGUUUGUUGAUUAAAUGAUGUAUCGAAGGU